GGGAGCCGGCUGUGGACUGCGCUCCCACGUUGCUAUGACGAUGAGACUGGCGGGCACACUGCCUCCAGACCUAAGGACUGGCUAGAGCAGGUGUCAGAUUGCGAUGAGCUAGGUGGCUCUGGGAUUUCUCAGAGCCCCGGGAGUGUGUCUCUGGAAAGUGUGGCUACGAUUCCUCCGCAUCCGUCUCGGACAGCUCCUUAACUCCUUCGGAACACGCAGCGCGAAAAUGGUCCACCACUCAGGCUCCAUUCAGUCCUUUAAACAGCAAAAAGGUAUGAAUGUAAGCAAAAGUGAGAUAACAACCGAAGCUUCAUUAAAACCAUCUCGGAGAUCCCUGCCUUGCCUAGCCCAGAGCUACGCUCACUCAAAGAGCUUGAGCCAAUCUGCUUCACUGUUCCAGUCAACUGAGAGUGAAUCGCAGGCUCCAACUUCCCUAACCUUUCUUUCUGCUGGUAAAUCUGAGCAUGUUGCUUCUGAGGAGAGUAAAAAAGACUCUACCCUCAAAUGUUCCUUUGCUGACCUCAGUGAGUUUUGUUUGGCUCUGGGAAAAGAUAAGGAUUUCAUGGAUGAAUCUGAACAUGCCAACUAUGACCGAUCUCGUCUCCUUAAUGACUUUGUUGUUAAAGAUAAGCCUGAGUCCAAGACAAAGCUAUCUAAGAAUGACAUGAAUUACAUAGCAUCCAGUGGACUCUUAUUCAAAGAUGGCAAAAAGCGAAUUGAUUACAUUCUGGUUUAUCGAAAGACAAGCAUACAGUAUGACAAAAGAAACACAUUUGAAAAAAACCUGAGAGCAGAAGGCUUGAUGCUGGAGAAGGAGCCAGCAAUUGCAAACCCUGACAUCAUGUUUAUUAAAAUUCACAUCCCAUGGGACACCCUAUGCAAGUAUGCAGAGAGGCUGAACAUCAGAGUGCCCUUCAGGAAAAAAUGUUACUACACAGACCAGAAAAACAAAUCAAUGAGCAGGGUACAAAACUAUUUCAAAAGAAUCAAGAAGUGGAUGUCCCAAAACCCAAUGGUUCUUGACAAGUCAGCAUUUCCAGAGCUGGAAGAGUCAGCCUGUUACACUGGCCCUUUCAGCAGAGCCAGGAUUCACCACUUUAUAAUAAACAAUAAGGACACCUUCUUCAGCAAUGCUACUCGAAGCAGGAUAGUUUACCACAUGCUGGAGCGCACGAAAUAUGAAAAUGGGAUAUCAAAAGUGGGUAUCCGUAAGCUUAUAAAUAAUGGUUCAUACAUAGCAGCAUUCCCUCCUCAUGAGGGGGCCUACAAGAGUAGCCUUCCCAUCAAAACCCACGGGCCUCAGAAUAACAGACAUCUGUUGUAUGAGCGCUGGGCACGCUGGGGAGUGUGGUACAAGCAUCAGCCUCUGGACUUAAUCAGGCUGUACUUUGGUGAGAAGAUUGGUCUAUACUUCGCCUGGCUGGGAUGGUAUACUGGAAUGUUGAUUCCUGCAGCGGUUGUUGGCCUGUGUGUUUUCUUCUACGGAUUAGUUACGAUGAAUGAAAGUCAAGUAAGCCAAGAAAUUUGUAAAGCCACUGAAGUCUUCAUGUGCCCUCUCUGUGACAAGAAUUGCUCACUGCAGAGACUCAACGACAGCUGCAUCUAUGCCAAGGUAACAUAUUUGUUUGAUAAUGGAGGGACAGUCUUCUUUGCUAUUUUCAUGGCAAUAUGGGCCACAGUCUUUCUCGAGUUUUGGAAAAGAAGAAGAAAUAUCCUGACUUACACUUGGGAUCUUAUUGAAUGGGAAGAAGAGGAGGAAACGCUUCGCCCCCAGUUUGAAGCAAAAUAUUACAGGAUGGAGGUGAUAAACCCCAUCACAGGAAAACCCGAGCCUCAACAGCCUCCUUCUGACAAAGUCAUGCGGCUUCUUGUGUCCGUCUCAGGAAUCUUCUUCAUGAUCUCCUUGGUCAUCACAGCAGUGUUUGCAGUUGUGGUGUACCGCCUGGUUGUCAUGGAACAGUUUGCAUCAUUCAAGUGGAAUUUCAUCAAACAGCACUGGCAGUUUGCUACAUCUGCUGCUGCUGUCUGUAUCAAUUUUAUAAUCAUCAUGCUGCUGAAUCUUGCUUACGAAAAAAUUGCAUACCUCCUUACUAACUUAGAAUAUCCUCGAACAGAAUCAGAAUGGGAAAACAGCUUUGCCUUGAAGAUGUUCCUUUUCCAAUUUGUCAACCUGAACAGUUCUAUCUUCUACAUUGCAUUCUUUCUGGGAAGAUUCGUCGGCCACCCAGGAAAAUACAAUAAACUUUUUGAGCGGUGGAGACUGGAGGAAUGCCAUCCCAGUGGCUGUCUGAUAGACCUCUGCCUCCAGAUGGGAGUCAUCAUGUUUUUAAAGCAAAUUUGGAACAACUUCAUGGAGCUGGGAUAUCCGUUAAUCCAAAACUGGUGGUCACGACAUAAGAUCAAGCGGGGAAUACAGGAUGCUUCCAUACCACAGUGGGAAAAUGACUGGAAUCUUCAGCCCAUGAACAUCCAUGGGUUGAUGGAUGAGUAUUUAGAAAUGGUUUUGCAAUUUGGUUUUACCACCAUCUUCGUUGCUGCCUUUCCCCUGGCCCCUCUUUUGGCUCUGUUAAACAAUAUCAUAGAAAUCAGAUUGGAUGCAUACAAAUUUGUGACCCAGUGGAGGAGGCCUCUGCCAGCCCGAGCAACUGACAUUGGUAUCUGGUUUGGAAUACUUGAGGGAAUUGGCAUACUGGCUGUGAUCACCAAUGCAUUUGUAAUUGCUAUUACGUCUGACUACAUUCCACGUUUUGUCUAUGAAUACAAAUAUGGACCUUGUGCAAAUCAUGUAAAGCAGAAUGAAAAUUGCCUAAAGGGAUAUGUCAACAAUAGCUUAUCCUUCUUCAACCUGAGCGAACUUGGUAUGGGAAAAUCUGGUUACUGCAGGUACCGAGACUAUAGAGGUCCUCCUUGGAGUUCCAAACCCUAUGAGUUCACCUUACAGUACUGGCACAUCUUGGCUGCUCGACUGGCCUUCAUUAUUGUGUUUGAGCACCUUGUGUUUGGGAUUAAGUCGUUCAUUGCAUACCUGAUUCCAGACAUACCAAGGGGCCUCCGUGAACGCAUACGGCGGGAGAAAUACUUAGUCCAAGAAAUGAUGUACGAGGCUGAACUGGAACAUUUACAGCAACAGAGGAGGAAAAGUGGCCAGCCUAUUCACCAUGAAUGGCCUUAGGCAGUACUUGUUACCCAAAAGGGGAGGUACCAUUAGUGUGCGGGAAAGAGACCUUUGAAAUAUAGAUGGGAUCCAAGAGGAAAGCAUACUUGGCAAACCAUUCUUAUAAAAUGCUACUUGGAAAUGCAUCACAGCAGUCUCUGGGAUUUGGAAUGUUCAGAUUUCUAAGAAAAAAAAAAAAAAACCGACUUGUGACCUCCAAAGGGAUGCAACUGCAUGGCAGGGAGCCAGGCUCUGGUUCUCAGAGCAAGGCCUCAGAAGAGAUUGGUGUUUUGAGGCCACCCUGUUCCAUCAGCUGCAGAGUAACUAGGAAGGUGGUGGUGAAAUCUCCAGGGGAUGGACUUCCACGUAAAAUGUUCAUAAGCUAGAAGUACUAAUCAGAUUCUAGGACUUUCAUGUGAGUUCAGAUAUUCACAAGAAACGAGUUAAGUCUGUUGUUGGCUCUGAUUUCAGAACUCCAUGUCCCUUUAGCUUAUGGGCUAGUGGACUUGUCUUUGCCUGAUUGACCCAAUAGGUGUAUGCACAUGGCAUUUUUAUGCUGCUCCAUGGUGACUAUGCACUUGAAGAGUUGCACAUCAGCCUAGUAAUCAAACCAAAAAUCUAAGUUCCAGAAAAUAAAAAAAAAAUUAAAGAUUAAAAACUACCAUUGGAAUAACUAUUAUUCUGGCUGUAUUUAAGUUUGCUUUGUCACUCAGAGCCAAGCGCACUGCCCAUUUUUAUUAAUAAAUACCAACUGUCCCACUUGGAAUGUUUGAAUGGCUAUCCUCGUGUCACUUAGAAUGUGACUACUUUUUAUUUUGUUGCAGAAGCCUGUCCUGUAUUCUAUUCCACGUGCCCUUCUCUGAAUUAUUACAAAUAUCACAGAACACUAUUUUGAAACCAUGUAAAUAUGUCAAUCUUCCUUAUAUGUUUGCACUUUUACACUUUGUGAUGUGAGUUCCAGCUUACGGAGCUCCAAGACCAGUUGCACAAGAUGCUACUGUAAUCUGUUCAUUCAGGAAAUGUGAAGCCAAAUGUUCCGAAGCACUUACGAUGUUCUAUAAUGCACUCUCAAUUAUGAGCUAAUGAAAAGAAUGCAUGCAUAUAGUGUACUAUUUGCAUAAAAUACUUUCUGAGUUUCACUUUUUUUUUUUUUAAAUCAUGGAAGGGAGAUUUCUGUUUUGUUUGUUUGUUUGGUUUGGUUUGGUUUUUGAUGAGUUUAUUUUAUUUAAUUUCAAAAUUCUCUAGAAGCGAAGUCAAAUUAAUUGUUAAGGUAAUUAUUUCAUGUGUUGGAGAAUCCUUAUUUGAAUGUUAAUUUUGUUCACACAUUCAUGGAGCACAAAUAAAGGUGUAUCCAAUUAAAGGAAUUUGUGAGGAGGCACAACUUGAGGGGGCAGAAUAAAAAAGAAAGGCAGGGGAUAAAGUAGAUGGAUAUAUGGUAGAAAUCAACACACUUUUUGUUGCAAAACAGAAAGAUCCAAGCUUUUUUCUCUUGAUAAUGUGGGAAAUGACAGAGAAUGCACACACACAGAGAAUAUACAAACAUACAACACACACAAUACAGAACACAUAAAUACACAGAGAAAGAAAAGAGAGAGAGAGAGCUCAUAAACACACACAUAAUUAUUGUGAUUUCUGCUUUUUGUUCAGUUUGUUUUUGUUCAAUUAAGCAAAACAGGGAUGUUUACAAAAUUCAAGAUAUUGGAUUAGGCACACACAAGCAAAAAUGAAACUACUUUGCACACAUACUAGUGGAUUUCUCUCGAGGAAAUUAGUUUCACUUACUGGAAGUGCACUGCUCGAAUUCUAAAACUAAAAAGCUUUGUUUACCUGAAUAUGGUUGUUUUAUAGUUUCUGCCAAGGACAUCCACUUUUCCACUUUCCCUAUUAUUCUGAGCCAAGCAGUCUGAGAUUACAAAUUUUUCCACAGGGUUUAGGGAUAGAGCUCAGUGGCUGUGUGUGUCUAUUAUUCAAGACAUAUAGACUCAAUUCUCAGCACCACAAAAUAAAUGAAUAAAUUAAUAAAAAUUAAAUGAGAUAGGUAGUGAAUUCUCACACAAAUCCUUGCUCGUAGGACUCUUCCACUGCAAACAUAAUGGCUAAUUUUAAAAAUUACCCAACUGAGUUUUCAGCACCUUUAUUUUGGGGCAUCCAUGUUCCCUCUUCUUAAUUAAAUGUAUGCACAUGCCAGAGCAUAAUAUUUUGCUUACCUAAAAUUUACAUAUUUUCCAAAUUAGGGAUGCAAGACAGACAUGUGUCUUAGGUAGGAUAAACAAUAAGGUUUUUUUUUUCCUUGAAAAUUCUAUUUCUAGGGUUUUUCUAUAGUUCAUUGGGGUUUAUAUCAUAUUGAUUGGUCUGAACAAAGGAAGAUAUUUUAAUAAAUGUUGUCGUAUGUUAAUUUAGAAAAUGCCUUCUCUGAUAUUUUUGAAACAGGCAUGAGAAAACAAAGAACCAAAAAAAAAAAAAAGAAAGAUCUGCAGUGUUUGAUUGUAAACACUGCAGGACAAUCAAACCUGGUUUCAUCAUCAGUGAGAGCAAAACAGAGACAGCUCCUCACAGUAUUUAGCUUUAGAUCACUCUGCUUAAGUUGAGAGAAAUGUUUUAUACAUGUUUUUCAUAUGAAUGUAAAUUAUUUCUCAAAGAUUUAUAGCACACACUAUUCUCAGGAAUUCUGUAUGUUGUGAAUGCUGCUCAUAUAUUUUCAUAUUCUCACUUGUCUUUUUAAUGCUAAUAACUAAUGGAUAUGUGCAUGCAGUUUGCCUUGACAAGUUGUGCAAACCAUUUUGAGUCUUAACUGUAAUAGUUCUCAAUUGUCUGAGUCUGUAUGCACUUUUAGGAGAGACACUGCUGCCUGGCCGCAUGAUGAGGUUCAACCUAAAUGCUAAAUGAAUCUUGGCAUAAUCUACUGUUUCAAUGGAAUGAAUACAACUUUUUUUCACUCAAUAAAUUAUCAUUUUUCCUAUAAUUUGCACAUUA